AUGUCCAACCUUACUACAUCCAUCCAACUUACCAAGCAAAGUAAAUAUAAAUUGAAUAAUGGACACCACAUUCCAGUAACGGGGUUUGGGUGCUACGAAGUUCCAGUCGAGAAAUCCAAGGAGUUAGUCUACGAAGCAUUGAAAGCCGGAUAUCGUCAUAUUGACUGUGCAGCUGGGUAUGGUAAUGAAAAAGAAACAUCACAAGGAGUGGCUGCGUUCUUGAAGGAAAACCCAGACGUAGGCAGACAGGAUAUUUGGUACACCACCAAAAUCAGAAACCAGGACCACGGGUAUGAAGAAACUAAAAAGGCUGUGCAAAAAAUCAGCGACAACGUAAAGCAAUACAUCGAGUACGUUGAUUUGGUGCUUAUACACUCUCCUAAAUCUAACAAGGAAAAGAGAUUGGGAACAUGGAAAGCUUUACAAGAGUUUGUUAACGAUGCUACUAAUCCUGUGUUAAACAUCAAGUCUAUCGGUGUUUCAAACUACGGAAUUGCGCAUUUAGAAGAAUUAUUGAAUUGGGAUGGGUUGUUAGUCAAGCCAGUUGUGGAUCAAUUGGAAUUGCAUCCAUGGUUGCCACAAUUAAAGUUGAGAAAAUACUUAGUGGAACAUGACAUAUUGGCUGAAGCAUAUUCUCCAUUGACUCAAGGGCAAAAGCUCGAUGAUAAAGAGCUCUUAGACUUGGAAGCUAAAUACAAGAUUCCUAAGGCAGAAAUUUUAUUGAAGUGGUCUUUCUUACAAGGUUUUAUCGUAUUGGUUAAGUCCGAGAAGGUAGAAAGAAUCAAGCAAAACUUAGGUGUUUUAGCUGACGGAAAGAGUGAUGAAUUGGACGAAACAACCCAUCUUGGAAAGAUCGACUUGGAUUAUGAGAUUGUUGAGGCCUUGGAUAAGCCUGAAUCUCACGAAGUUUUAACCUGGGGUAAUGUAGAUCCAACUACAUACGAGGAUCCUAAAUAG